CCGAACGGGGGUUUCAUUGUACAAUCCCACCGGGAUGGGUUUGAUGACGAAGAUAUUCCGCAAACGUGGGCUAAUGUUUCAGUUGUAGUCUGACAAAGGUGUGAAGUGGACGAAACUUGGAUUCGGGAUCAUGGAUAACCAAGCGGAUGAGCAAGAUUUUCUUGGAAUGGGAAGCAAAUCUCCCAGUUCUUCGAGGAGUGAAAGAAUCGUCUCGCGACCAACGUUGGACGAAUACUAUGACACCACCUAUGAUCGGAGGGGAAUUGCACUGAUCUUUUCGCAUCUGAAUUUCUCAACGAUGCCGUCCCGAAAUGGUACUGAUAAGGAUCGUGAUGACAUUUCUAGUGUACUGUACGAUUUGGAUUUUGACGUGAGAGUGUUCAAUGAUCUCAGCAGGAAGGAAUUGCUCGAAACGCUCAGGGAAGUAUCCCGUGAGGAUCACACGAAAAAUGAUUGCCUAGUGGUCGUUGUGAUGUCACACGGCGAGCAGGGUGUCCUGUACGCCAGAGACAAUAAGUAUAGCGUUGAUUCGCUUUGGAGACACUUUCUUGGGAAUGCGUGUCCGUCGUUGAUUGGAAAGCCGAAAAUGUUCUUCAUUCAGGCCUGCCGAGGGGAGAAGUUCGAUGAAGGGGUGGUUUUCUCGUCCCCUCAAAUGCGGAACAAACCUAGGGAUAUGGUAGACUCGAGGAGUGAUCAACUGGUUUUCUCUAUCCCCACCAUGGCCGAUCUGCUUCUGAUGUAUUCCACUUAUGAUGGAUACUACUCGUGGCGAAAUCCUCGCCAGGGAUCGUGGUUCAUACAAGCGCUGCAAAAAGAAUUGAAGGAGAAUGGCAAAGUGAAGGAUUUACUGACCCUGCUAACGGGAGUGUCGAGGAGGACUGCAUAUGAGUAUCAAUCAUGCGUUCCGCACGACGAGCGAAUGGAUUGCAUGAAGCAGAUUCCAUGCUUGGUAUCGAUGCUAACAAAGACAUUCUAUUUUACUAAGAAAACAAAGAGUAGGGUUGUGACGACUAUUGAAUGAGAAAAAUAAGAUAUUUUUCGUUAAUAUAUUGUAACCAAAAUCAACGAUGUAUCGACAGAAAAUAAAC